AUGGUUUACAAAAAAAUUGACAACCGGCUGAGGAUUUUGAUGGAAAAUGGAAUCACACAAGGUCAUCGAUCCAUGUUUCUCAUUGUCGGUCCAAAGGCUCGAGAUCAAGUUGUCAUCCUUCACCAGAUGUUAUCAAAGUCUCAAGUCAAGUCUAGACCUUCUGUUUUGUGGUGUUACAAAAAAGAACUAGGAUUUUCUUCGCAUCGCAAGAAGCGAAUGAGAAUUCUGCAAAAGAAAAUGAAGCAAGGCGUGGAGCUUGAUAACUUGGAGGACAUGUUUGAAACGUUCAUUGCUCAGACGAAUAUUCGGUACAGCUACUACAAUGAAACUCAUAAGAUUUUGGGCAACACCUAUGGUAUGCUGGUCCUGCAAGACUUUGAGGCAAUCACGCCAAACAUUCUGGCGCGAACGAUUGAAACGAUUGAAGGUGGUGGAGUUAUUUGCCUGCUGCUAAACUCCAUCACAUCGCUGAAGCAGUUACAUGCAAUGACCAUGGACGUACACUCGCGCUACCGCACUGAAGCUCAUCAAGAUGUGGUGGCUCGCUUCAACGAACGUUUCAUCCUUUCAGUGGCUGCCAGUUCGAGUUGUGUUAUUGUGGACGACAAGCUAAACAUUCUUCCAAUCUCUUCGCAUAUUGCUGAAAUUACCCCUGUCCCCAAAAUGGAGUCAACAGAACUCACUCCAGAAGCCGCUGAACUGGCUGAACUGAAGGACUCUUUGGCUGAAACCCAGCCAGUUGGCUCGAUUAUCAGCCAGUGCAGAACACUUGACCAAGCCAAGGCGGUGUUAAAGUUCAUCGAUGUCAUCUCUGAAAAGUCGCUCUCCUCCACCGUCUCUUUGACUGCAGGCCGUGGUCGUGGUAAAUCAGCCGCUCUUGGACUGUCAAUUGCAGCGGCUGUGGCGUUCAACUACUCCAACAUUUACGUCACCUCGCCGACGCCGGAAAAUCUGCAGACACUCUUCGAGUUUAUCCUAAAAGGAUUUGAUGCAAUUCACCUGAAAGAGCAUCUUGAUUACGAUAUCAUUCAAUCAACCAAUGCCGAGUUCAACAAAGCCAUUGUUAGGAUCAACAUUUUCCGCCAACAUCGACAGUGCAUUCAGUACAUUCAUCCUGCUGAUGCUGCCAAAAACAAAUUACUUGUUCAAUCUGCCGAGUUGGUUGUCAUUGAUGAGGCUGCAGCCAUUCCUCUUCCCAUAGUCAAGUCACUGCUAGGACCGUACUUGGUGUUCAUGUCUUCGACUAUCAACGGCUACGAAGGAACAGGCCGCUCACUGUCUCUCAAGCUGCUCCAGCAACUCCGCCAGACAAGUGUUCCCGGGGCGAACAAUAAGGCCAGUGAUGCCAUGCAAGGUCGAAACUUGUUUGAACUAGAGCUGAAUGAGUCCAUUCGGUACAACAACGGUGACCAAAUUGAAUUGUGGCUGAACAAGUUACUUUGUUUGGAUGCCUCUAUCAUUGACAACCCUGUCACCUAUGGCUGUCCAGUGCCCACUGAUUGCAACCUGUUCUACAUCAACCGAGAUACGCUUUUCAGUUACCACAAAGCAUCGGAAAACUUUUUGCAGCGAAUCAUGGCUCUCUACGUGGCUUCUCACUACAAAAAUUCUCCCAACGAUUUGCAAAUGAUUUCAGACGCUCCUGCUCACCAUCUCUUUUGCCUUCUUCCGCCGAUCACUGCGAAGCACAUGAAGAAGGUGAAAAUACCAGACGUGCUGUGCUUCAUUCAGGUGUGUCUGGAGGGAGAAAUUUCGCAGGAUUCAAUUAAAGCCAGCUUGUCGCGCGGCAAACGAGCUUCAGGUGACCUGAUUCCCUGGACGGUUUCGCAGCAGUUUCAAGACCCUCACUUUGCGUCACUCUCUGGUGCUCGCGUAGUUCGAAUUGCCACCAAUCCCAACUACCAGGCAAUGGGCUACGGAACGCGUGCUUUGCAGCUUCUCGAGGACUACUAUCGCGGACAGUACAACGUUAACCUGGUGGAAGAGGGCGGGGAGCCAGUGACUGUUCAGGAAGAGGAUGGUGAGGCUGAAGGGCAAGAGAUCAAAAAGAUCAAUUCGCCACUUUUGCUCAAUCUCAACGAGAGAAAGGCAGAAAAGCUCGACUACCUCGGCGUCUCCUUUGGCCUGACCCCCGAGUUGCUUAAGUUUUGGAAAAAAUCAGGCUUCACGCCAGUUUACCUACGACAAACACCUAACGAUCUCACCGGAGAGCAUUCGUGCAUCAUGCUCAAAGUACUAGGCGAAGAUGAGCACUUAAACGGACAUAACAAUUGGUUGCAGGCAUUUUGGGUCGACUUCAGAAAGCGCUUUAUUUCGCUGUUGUCUUACCAGUUCAGCACAUUUUCAGCUGCAUUUGCACUGAACAUUCUUCAAAAUUCCAUCAAGCAAGCCGAAGUGCCUGAACUGACUCGUGAUGAACUUUUGAAGCAGUUCACCACAUAUGACUUGAAGCGUCUCGAGCUGUACUCGCAGAAUCUGGCCGACUACCAUUUAAUUGUGGACCUAUUGCCCGCAAUUGCGCAUCUUUAUUUUCUCGGACGCUUUGGGCCUUCUUUUCGCAUGUCGCAUGUUCAGAAUGCCAUUUUGCUAAGCAUUGGACUGCAGCACAGUGAUGUGGAUCAGAUCUCCGCCCAGUUGAACUUACCUUCAACUCAAGUAUUGGGCUUGUUCAGUCGAUCUGUAAAGAAAAUAUCCAACUAUUUCACUUCAUUGCGCCAGAAAGAAAUUGAAGGUCAGUUGAAAAUGCGAAAUGUUGGUCAGGGCAAUCUGAACCCACUCAGCCAGUCGCUGGAAGAUGAACUCUCCGAGGCAGCGGAUGUAAUCAAAAAGGCUGAACAAAAGCAAAGGAAAGCCUUAUCGAAAGAUCUAAGCCAGUACGCAAUUAAGGGCUCAGAAAAUGAUUGGGAGCAUGCCCUCAAAGGAACAAAUCAGACUCUGGUUUCGAUUAAAAGUAUCGGCAAGCGUCCGAAUCCGGAGCAAUCAACCAAAAGCCAACCAGAGCAGUUCAAGAACAAGCAAAAACCGAAAAAGUUCAAAAAGAAGCAUUGA